AUGUCCAUCUCAUAUCAAGAUUUUGAAGAGGCCUGCGAGGUGCUUUGCAAGGCAUGGAACAAUGCCUCCGGGAAUGGCGAGGAAGUCAUGAUCUUGCAAAGUUGCGGCUUAAAACACAUCCACAUCGCGAAACCCGUCGACAAAAAGGAAGACCAUCGAGAAGCAAACGAAGAUGAAUAUGGCGAAGAUCUGGAGAGAGUCGUCAACGAAGAGGAUGCUGAGGCUUUGAUUCGUACGUCGCACGACAAGCAGGGUCCUACGGCGCUGUAUGACAUUGUCCACUCUCCAUCGUACCAGGUGGCUGUUCUGUACGUCCAGCUCAGGGACCACACCAAAGGGAUACCGAAUGGAAUGCCCUCGCCGGAUGAAAUGUACGACGCCCUGGUCCCUGCCGCGUACCGAGCACAGCUGGAAGCUGUAGGUGUGAUGGGCGCCCUGAGCAUGACGGAGCAUCCCAUCAGCGGCAUGCCGACAUAUUUCAUCCACCCCUGCAGAACUGCGGAGGCUAUGAACGAUCUCAUGAAGUGCAAGGGUGCGGCGAAGCCAGCAGAGUAUAUUUUGCUGUGGCUCGGUUUGGUAGGCCCCAGCGUUGGCCUCACGGUCCCAGUCGACGUUGCAAAGUUGAUUAGGCAGGAAUCAUGA